AUGCAUCCUCUCAUCAAUGCCUUCCUCUUCCUGCUGGGCUCCUGCUGCCUUCGAGGCACAGAGGCUCGACAAUUUGAGUCCAUCCUCACUGUGCCCAAUGGAGGACUCUGGGGCACUUGGGGGAAGCCACAUUUUUGCCCCAAAGGUUACGCUAAGGGAUUUGAACUGAAGGUGGAGUCCAAGCAGGGAUUCUGGCUCUUUGGUGAUGACACAGCUCUGAAUGGCAUCCGCCUGCUCUGCACAGACGGCACAACCAUUGAGUCCUCAGUGGGGCGGUGGGGAACCUGGACAAAGGCCCAGUUCUGCACCAGUAACAAGAUAAUUUCCUUCUCACUGCGUGUGGAAUCACAGCAGUAUCUGCUUGAUGACACGGCGGCCAACAACGUGAUAUUCCUCUGCUCUGAUGGAACACAGCUGGAAGGCCAUGGACUUUCAGGGGGUCAAUAUGGCCCAUGGAGCGAAAGCUGCAAAUCUGCAGCCGUCUGUGGGCUCCAGACAAAGAAUUGGCCUCCCAGUAGCUGGCCUCAGCCACCCAACCUAUUCAGUAGCUGGCCUCAGACCCCAGUGUCCGCAUGUGCUGGCUUCUGGAUCCUUGAGCAGCGGAGAGUCAUGGUCAUCUCUGGCACCUGA